AGUGUGGCAGGAUGAUAACUCCAUCACACCACUGUCUGGCAAGGACAACAUGAUCUCUCCCUGGCAGAGGUCGUUGACUCGACAGGGUACUUUGUAAAGAGGCAAGAUAGAUACUUGGUAGGUAGGCCUCGUAGACUCAAUAAUGGGGGGAAGGGAGUGAUCUGCUUCUGGCGAUGACAUCGAUGAAGUCAAAUCCCAAACCUACACUUUUCAUUGCUUGGGUCAAAGUACUUCUCAUGCGACGCCUUGCCGGAAGCAGACUGCCUGUCUCCCGAGUAGGUGCAGUGCACCCCCCCCUCAUGAAAGAAGGUCACCUGCCCAUCCCAUCCCCAGACGGCGCCCGUCUCGUCUCGUCCCUUUUUCUUCCCCUCCCCCUCUUCUUCUUUCUCCUCCUUUCUCUCUCCCUCCUUUCUUCCGGUCAUCAGUUAUCCUAUCGAUUCUCAACAACGCAACAGCUGCUUUUCGGAUCACACCCAAGUAAGCUCGUUCCUGCAGCACUGCCGAACUCUCUUCCCUGUCUCCUAGGCCUGUUCUCUGUCGUUGGAGCGUAGAGAUACAAUCCUUCCUCCCUGACUAACAUUUCUGGUUGAACAUCGUGCAGACGUUUGUCAACCAUCGUACUUCGUACUCCCAACACUCUGAUCUCAUCAUCAUCCAUCAUGUCAGACGAUCUCCAGCUCACCAAGG